UCCUACCACCACUAAAGUUGCUGUGGCCGUCGCAAGACGACUGAGAGAGGCUGGCUCUAGAAGUCGUCUUUGUUGAAUAAUUUUAUUUUAUAUCAAUUUGUUGAUUUCUAUAUCUUGUUGUUUUGUUGUUAAUACAAAAUGUUUAAAAUAUAUAUUAUAUUAUCGUUAUUUAUAUGCAAUGGGUACGGCUUGGAAAAUAUUGAUAAUUAUUUAAAAAUAUGUAACAGAAAUUCAUUGGAAGUUAACGAGUGUCUCAUAGAAGCAGUUCAUAAGGGAGUAAGGGACUUUGCUAAUGGAAAUAAAGAUUUGGGAGUGCCCCCAUUGGACCCUUUCCUUCAAAAGGAACUUAAAGUGGAAUAUAAGAAUAAUCAGAUUGAAGCAAAAAUGAACGCAUUUGAUAUUUAUGUGGCUGGCCUUAGUACAUCUACGGUACGAGAUGCAAGGCUAAAGGCGGAUGAAGAGUCUUUUCAUUUGGAAAUAGAUAUGUUUACGCCUGAAGUAUUUAUCAAAGGUAAAUACGAAGGAGGUGGCAGUUAUAACUCUCUUAAGAUUCUUGCUAAUGGAGAUUUCAAUAACACAAUGACUGAUCUUGUCUACACGUGGAAAUUGGACGGUAAACCUGAAGUUAUAGACGGUGUCACCUACAUAAAAAUUAAUUCCUUUUACAUGCGUCCUGAUGUCGGUUCCAUGAAGACUUACCUUUCUAAUGAAAACCCGGACAGCAAACCCUUAACUGAAUUGGGUAUGAGAAUUACAAACGAAAACUGGCGUCUUCUAUAUAAAGAAAUGUUACCAUUUGCUCAAAGUAACUGGAACAAAAUUGGGACACGUAUAGCUAAUAAAAUAUUUUUAAAAGUUCCUUACGAUACCCUAUUCCCUAAUAAAUCUUAGCUUAUGACAUUAUUAUAAUGAGUUGUUGUAAAUUAUUUAAUAAAUAUUUGAUUACCAAGAAGUGUCUAUUUUAUUUGAAUUGCUUAUGAGACGAUAAUAUUGCAUUUAUAUAAGAUUGAACUCAUAUGUAUUUUAG